GGUUCUCUCCGGUCGCCGCUACGUCAGCUUUAUCCAAGAUGGCGAUGUCCAUUCAGCGGCAGCAUCUCCGAGCUGUAACCGGGCUCUGCUGGUUCCUAACCCUCUCCUCGCUGAGCUGUGCCCGGGCUGAGGGGGAGCAGACGCUUCCGCACCGCCGGUUCGAGUAUAAGUAUAGCUUCAAGGGUCCCUACCUGGUGCAGGGGGAUGGGACCGUCCCAUUCUGGCUCCACACUGGCAAUGCGAUCCCCAGCGCAGACCAGAUUCGGAUCACUCCUUCCAUGAAGAGCCAGAAAGGCUCCGCCUGGACGAAAAUUGCUCCGAGUUUUGAGAACUGGGAAGUAGAAGUGACUUUCCGGGUAACGGGACGGGGAAGAAUCGGUGCCGAUGGCCUGGCUAUAUGGUACACGGUCUCCCAGGGGCUGGAUGGCAAUGUGUACGGAGCCGCUGACUCCUGGAACGGUGUUGGUAUUUUCUUUGACUCGUUUGACAACGAUGGGAAGAAAAAUAAUCCAGCGAUUUUGGUUGUCGGUAAUAAUGGCAAGCUUGUAUAUGACCAUCAAAAUGACGGUACGACACAAGCGCUGGGCUCGUGUCUGAGAGAUUUCCGUAACAAGCCGUACCCAGUGCGGGCCCGGAUAACCUACUACAAGAAGACGCUGACGGUGAUGAUUAACAGCGGCUUCACCCCUGACAAGGAGGACUACGAGUUCUGCGCCAAAGUGGAUAAUAUGAUAUUGCCCCAGCAAGGCUUCUUUGGCAUAUCUGCAGCCACUGGAGGCCUCGCAGAUGACCACGAUGUGCUGUCGUUUCUCACUUUCCAGCUGACUGAGCCAGGAAAGGAAACACCCGCUCCAGAUGGAGAGAUCCCCAAAGAAGAGAAGGACAAGUACCAGGAGGAGUUUGACAACUUCCAACAAGAGCUGGAAAAGAGGAAAGAUGAAUACAAUAAAGACCACCCAGAGCUCAAGGAGCACCCAGUGGAUGACAUGUAUGAGUCUGUAAAUGAUCGAGAGCUCAGGCAGGUCUUCGAAGGUCAGAACCGUAUUCACCUUGAAAUUAAGCAGCUGAACCGACAGCUGGACAUGAUCCUGGACGAGCAGCGCAGAUACGUGAACGCGGUUACCGAAGAGAUAACCAAGAGGACAGCUACCGGUGGAAACGUCCAGCAGGCUUCGCAACAGGAACUUGAGACUUUGCUCAGCGGUCAGAGGGAAGUCUUCAAGCAUGUCAGCGAGAUGAGGAACUCUAUGAGUGAAACUUUAAGACUGGUGUCUGGGAAUUCUGGGGGUGCUGCUGGCUACGAGAACACCCAACACUUCAACGAGAUCAAAGAGCAUCUGCAUCUGGUGAAGAGGGACGUCGAGUCUCUAGUGCAGAAGAACUUGCCACACGAAAAGCAGAAAUGCCCUGAAACCCCCGUCCCCUCGUGUCUAUCUACAGCGCACUUCUUCAUCUUCGUAGCUGUGCAGAGCUUAUUAUUCAUCGGUUACAUCAUGUACAAAAGUCAGCAAGAAGCAGCAGCCAAGAAGUUCUUUUGAUGAGCCUUCCACUUUGUAUGCGACCACCACGCUCUGCCUGACCUAUGAACGCGGCAUGAGGGACUUUUUAGUAUUGUUCGCCUAGAUUAAAUUAUUGAAUUUUUUUGGAAAGGAGAGAACUUCUGUUUAUUGAAGAAUGGCCAUAGAUGCAGGGGAUGGGAGGAAAAAGAGAAGUAUUUUUUUUAUCUAUUUUUUAAUAUUUUUUUCUCUAGUAGAAUUCUCCGGUCUCUGUUUAUUUUAUGCGUUCGACCCUUUAUAACUCAGGGCAAAUUAUUAUUAUUUUUUUUUAUUUCCCCCCCGUCUUGUUGAAAAGGCCUAUCGGAUGGUAAUUUCUGUGUAAAUUGGAUGAUUUUUGUGCUAUUUUGAUAUAACAUUUUGACUGGAGAAAACCACUUGAGAUAUUAAGUAUUAUAAAGGGUUUUAUAAAUAAAGUUGUUUAGUCGUGGAAUGUAAAUAAUAAAUAAAUAAAGAGCAAACUUUAUAAUGGAGAUGUCCAUUCUGGUUGCCACGGUUACAUCCAGGUUCUUGCAUUUACGUGAAUACACUGUCUCCUGUAGUCUAUAAUAGAUAUAUUAACAUAGAACUACAUUUAUAUUACACGUGUGACAUUUGGUUCACGUGCUAGUAAAAUAAACAGUUACCAUAGUGUACACCACUCUGGACAGGGCUGGGGCAUACUUACAGUUUAAAACUUUCAAAUUUGGACACUUAAUCCCGUCCCUGUGGACCCCUCUAAGAUGGGCAUGUUUGGGCUGGGUUUGCUAAGGCCACGUCCUUUGCAGUCCCGUUUGUACGAAUCUUGGUGAGUAGACUAUGGUAACCAGAAUGGAGUAGACUC